AUGCCGCGCGAACCAGAACCCUCGCUCAACGAGCGCCAAUUCAUCCUCCAAGCCCUAGAAGACAAUCUCCGCCUCGACGGCCGCGGCUUCGACGAUGCGCGCGAUGUCGAAAUCACCUUUGGUGACGCCUACGGCAGCGUCGAUGUGCAGAUGGGAAAGACUCGCGUCCUAGCAACAAUAUCCUGUUCCCUCUCCCCCCCUUCUCCCCCCCGCCCCUUCGACGGCAUCUUCACCCUCACCACCGAGUUCUCUCCCAUGGCCACCCCAACCGUGGACCCCUCGCGCCCCUCCCCGCCCGAGACACUGCUCGCGCGUCUCCUCGAUAAAACGCUCCGUCGCUCCGCCGCGCUCGACACCGAGUCCCUCUGCCUCCUCGCUGGGAAAAGCGUCUGGGCCAUCUGCUGCGACCUCCACAUUCUCUCCCACGGCGGCGGCCUGCUAGACGCCUGCUGCGUCGCUGCGCUGGCGGGGUUACUCCAUUUCCGCCGCCCGGAAGUGAGUGUCGAAGGCGAGAAAGUCACAAUCUACAGCGCCGAAGAGCGCGCGCCCGUGCCCUUAAGUCUUCUCCACCUCCCCUUCUGCGUCACCUUCUCGAUAUUCGGAAUCCGCUCGGGCGAAGAGGAGGCAGUGCUUCUGGAUGCGGAUAGGGCGGAGGAAGGGGUGAGGGAGGGCGCGGUGACGGUGGGUGUUAAUAGACAUGGGGAGGUGUGUCAGAUUGCGAAGUUGGGGGGGAGGGAGGUGGAUGCGUUGGAGUUGUUGAGGUGUGUGGGGGUUGCGGAGGGAAGGGCGAAGGUGUUGGAUGGGAUUGUGAGGAGGAGGGUGGGGGAGGAGGAGAGGAGGAGGGAUGGGGGGAGGGGGAAGGUGUUGAGUGCUGAGAAUGAGAGGUGAGCUGCUUGCUUGAGGGGUUGGGUUGUUUGGGAAUUGGGAAAGUGGAAAUAUCAUGGCGCUUUUGUAAGAGUGAAGGGAGGGGGUGAUGGGGUUGGUCUACCCGUGUUGAAAGUGUGUUCUUCAAUGACCCUAGAGCGGAGUGUGGGAACAUGGAGCAGUGCAAGAGAGCCUACUUGGGGCUGCACAGCUUCGUUCGCGUCAUGGGCGAAAUUGGUGCGCUCUACACAACAGGCCAAUUUCGGGGCAGGAAGCCUCCGUAUGCCCUACAAAAUGAAUGUAGAGUUUAUCACAUAUAGAGUAAUUAAGAC